AUGCAGAGCAGAGCAGCAGCCCCCGGACGGGCAUCGGCUCAGACCAGGAGGACAGCAAACCCAUCACGCUGGAUUCCACAGACUUCCAGGAAAGCUUCGUCACCUCGGGGGUGUUCAGCGUCACCGAGCUCAUCCAGGUGUCCCGAACACCGGUGGUGACAGGCACGGGUCCAAACUUCUCUCUUGGGGAGCUCCAGGGCCACCUGGCCUAUGACCUGAACCCCUCCAGCACCGGCAUGCGGAGGACGCUGCCCAGCACCUCCUCCAGCGGGAGCAAACGGCACAAGUCGGGGUCCAUGGAGGACGACAUC